GUGGUCUCUGCCUGAGGGGGGCCCCCGGGUUUGGGGCUCUGCGUUAGUCCUAGUCCCAGGGGAUGUGGAGAGCUGGCAGCAUGUCGGCGGAGCUGGGAGUCGGGUUCGCACUGCGGGCAGUGAACGAGCGCGUGCAGCAGGCUGUGGCGCGGCGGCCACGGGAUCUCCCAGCCAUCCAGCCCCGGCUAGUAGCCGUCAGCAAAACCAAACCCGCAGACAUGGUGAUUGAAGCCUACAGUCAUGGCCAGCGCACUUUCGGAGAAAACUAUGUUCAAGAACUGCUAGAAAAAGCAUCAAAUCCUAAAAUUCUAUCUUCGUGUCCUGAGAUCAAAUGGCACUUCAUUGGCCACCUACAGAAACAAAAUGUCAACAAAUUGAUGGGUGUCCCCAAUCUCUUCAUGCUGGAAACCGUGGAUUCUGUGAAGUUGGCAGACAAAGUGAACAGUUCGUGGCAGAAAAAAGGUUCUCCUGAAAGGUUAAAGGUUAUGGUCCAGGUUAACACCAGUGGAGAGGAGAGUAAACAUGGCCUUCUGCCUUCAGAGACAGUAGCCAUGGUGGAACACAUAAAUGCCAUGUGCCCCAGCCUGGAGUUUGUGGGACUGAUGACCAUAGGAAGCUUUGGACAUGACCUCAGUAAAGGACCAAACCCGGACUUCCAGGCGUUACUGUCCCUCCGAGAGGAGCUGUGUAGAAAGCUGAACAUGCCCACCGAGCGGGUUGAGCUGAGCAUGGGCAUGUCCGUGGACUUCCAGCACGCAAUCGAAGUAGGAUCUACGAAUGUCCGAAUAGGAAGUACCAUUUUUGGAGAGCGAGAUUACUCCAAGAAACCUGCUCUGGACAAGUCCGCGGCAGACCUCAAGGCCCCCGUGGAGGUGACCCAGGCACACUGAGCCCAGGCUCAGCCGGCAGGCUCGCAGCCCGCGCCUGUCCAGGAGCACUCACUAUGCACUCGCCUGGCCUCCAUGUUGACAUCCCCUGUGUUACAGCACAGCCAUGCUCUCCUUGUGGCCUGGAGAGAGUGCACUGAGGAUCGUGGGUAUUGAUGGGAACCGCUCAUACUUUGGAUCUGUCAUAAGAGGCUCACUUCAGGUAGUGGCUUUGAAUCAGGUUUGAGAAAUCCAGACGUUUGUGCAGAACAGAUAUCAAAUCAGUAGCCAGGAGUCAAGUUCAGUGUUGAAUCCUGUCCAGGAGCACCAACCAACCCGCGAAUGCCUUCCCCAGGUUAAAGUGUGGUCACUCAUGCCUAUAAUCACCAGAGCGAGAGGGAUUCCCAUUUGUCAUCCACUUAAUGGAAAGUCCCUUCAUGCAAACCCCCUAGUGAGUAAUCGUCUUUGCUGCUCUGGAGCAAAGUGGUAUCUGCCCCCAGGUUUGACCCCACUCGGUAAAUAUUUGUCCCCACUCUGGAAUGACAGUGCAGGUAACUUGAGGAGCUGGCUCAGGGUAGUGCUGCAAACCCAAAUCAUGUUGAUCAGAGUUUAUGUGACCUUGUGGUCCCUGUGAACCGUGAAAACUACAGGGGUAACAUAAAUGGACUUGGGCUUUUCUAACCUCCUCCUGAAGAGACAGGGCUCUCCUAGAUGAGAAUUAAAUGCUAUGAUUUCUUCUCCACCAUAAUCAUCUUAAUGGUGAUUUCUUAUCUCAAAGACCAGUGACUCUCCUAACUCACCAGAAAUUCCUUCAAGGCCAGUUCAGGCUCACAGUUUCAACAAGGCCUGGCUUGGAGGUUCCCGUUCCUUCGGAGCAUUUUCCAGGCACAUCUAAAGCCCUUCCUCCCUCUACCCCCUACUCCCGCUAUAUUUAUAAGCCAGAAUUUGCAACUUCUUGAUUGUUAAUAAAGUGGCAGCAAGGUCUUCAAAAACCAGAAAGCACAAUUCUCAGAUAUCCAUAACAGAUGACUUCAGUCUGGGUGGUUUAUUUUCUAGAUGUUUUUUCCUUAUGUAUUCAAGCCCCAGUCUUCAUUUUAGGAAAUAACUUUCAGAACGUGCUACUGCCGCUGAAUGUAAUUUUGUAAAACCUAAACCAUUAUGAUUCCUGUACUGUUUCAGUCAGAGCUAUAACGUUUCAGAGUCUAGUGAAUAAAAACGCGAAUUUGAAUUCUACCAUCUGUGCCAAUUACAAAGCAAUUAAAAGAUUUAUUUUUUA